AUGUACUCCUCGGACUCCGACUUCCUAGACAGCGACAUCGAUAUUGUGGCGCCGCGCAAUAGCAAGACCACACCGGCGCCCCCUCUAGUUUACUCUUUCGACGACUUGCAGUCCUUCAAGGAGUCUUUGAAGCAGGCCAUUUUCUGCGCCACAGACUUCGAAACUGUGGACAACCACAUCGGGACCGAGCUGGAGAAGAUGUCGGAAAUCGGGCUGGCCAUCUACGACCCCCGAGGUCAUCCUUCCCCCUCUGGAACAACCACCAAUACUUCAACUUCGAACACCAUUCUUGAGGAGUUAGCAAAAUCAACAACCGCUAUCCACCUUCUUGUAGAAGAGUGGAAGCAUGAAACUGAAACAACCUGCAAGGCCUUCUGGCACAGAAACCGAAAAACGAAGGCCGGAACCCCCCACACCGCUAGACCGUAUCAUUGUCAGUUUACCAGGUCGACGAUCCUCGGCCGUGAACAAUCACUCAAAAAGUUGAAGGCCGUACUCCAAAGCCUCACAAGCCAGAACCUGACUGCCCAGGAAAGGGCAAACGGAGACCAAAGACAAGUCAGAAUUCUCUUUUGGGAUUCGGGACUUGAGGACAGAAUCUUUCGACAGGCUGGCAUCCACCUCCACGGACUCGGCAGUGAUAUCCAAGCUUGGGACCUCCAGGCGUGGUCGCCUUUCCGCAUCCGCUUGAACAACGGCAAGAACAAUGGUAAAGCAAAGGGAGAGGAUGCCUUUGCUAGCCUGGGGGUUCUCGGGGCGACAGACUAUGAGGGAAAGCCUACAACAAUCCUUCACAAUGCGACAAAUGACACAGUCGCACAAUUGUUGGCUUUCCUGCGAUUCAAGGUCUUAACGAGCGGCGAAUGGGUAGCGUGGUUCGAUGAUAGGAUUAACCUCGCUCUAAUCUCGUUUGAUUGGGUGGAUCAAGGAAUCUACGACUACAACUUUAGCUUGAGCCCGAACGCCGGACGCCAGAAGAUCUGGCAGUGGGGAAAGGGAAGGCAUGCGAAGCAUGAGAAACGAUGCCAACAGGGCAAUUUUCAUAACGCCAAUCACAGCAAUACCCGUGGUCCUAGAGGGGGAGGUAACUGUGCCGUCACAACUACCUCUACCUCUACUUGCAAUCACCAGAACGCACCUGAAACAGCCAAUGAAGUCGCCAGCCUCUCCCAGACGGUCAAUAAAAUGAAUUUUCAACCUUCCACUGUGCAAAAAUCAAGUGGUCCAACUGGAAUUCAGACGUCUGCGGAGAAGGAAGAUCAAAAAGUGACAAAGCAUGGUGGCCUAUCCCGUAAGCAAAGACAGCGGAUGAAUAAGGCUGCGAAGCGGGAGGAGGGGUUGAGGAAAAUCCCUGGGCUUGCGUGA